AUGGCUCAACCACAACAACUAGCACAGGAGUGGAACAGCGAAUUUCAGAGAUACGUGAUUCCGUUUUGGGAUAAGAACUAUGGACGUUACUAUUGGCAGCACUAUAUUGAAGGCCAAGGUUGGACAUUCUUCGACUGGGCUCCCGUCGGAUGGGUUCCCGCGGCGGCGCAUGCCGUUACCCCGGCUCAGUCUCAAGUCCAGUUCCAGCAGCCGCAUAUACGUAGCGACUCUGUACAAACUGUCACCGCAUCCGGGGGUGGGCCUGCCCCUUACGGACGUGAUGGGCGAGGCGAAAUGGUUUACGCGACCUAUAAUCCUACAAAUCCACUACCUAGCAGUCACUUCGAGACACUGGAUCCUUCCUUUUACGUCAGGGGCAGUGCUUUCUUUGAGGAAGGGAAGGUCUUUUCAGUUCUCUUCACUGAGCCAGCGGGUACCAACGCCCUGAACGGGCUGAAUCCCAUGGCCGACUACAAUACCAACUUGUCCAACAAUACCAACCUGUCAAGGGUCAGAUUCGGUGAACAUGUACAUACCCAAGUACGCAGGUUCAUCGUCGUUAAACGUAAACGAGAGUUCUGCUUCGCUGUGUACGCGAUUCUCUCCACGUUCUAG